AUCGUUUGGGCCCGUCGCUUCGUCUGUUUCAUGUAGUUUGGGUUCUGUGGUUUUGUGGUAAACUCUGGCAUGCAUGUUUUGUGGUUAGUGUUUCCGCUUUUCUGCCUCUGCAGGCUCUUUUCUGUAACUAAAACAUGCUAACGUCCACGAGAUGAGGAAAAGCAUGUUUAAUUCAGAGCUCUGAGCGUGAAAAACGAUGUUUAUGUGUUUGUUUCAGGUGCUGAACUGAUCGCAUGAAUCACUUUUUUAUUGUUUUGCUGGUCUCUAUCUCUGAAAAGUGUUUAAAUGGAAACGGCUGACCAACAGCGGCCGUCUUCCUCUCCUGUGAGGAAACUUCCUCUUUCUUCUUUUCUCUGUUAAAUUGGUAGAUAUUUCUGAUGAGUGUCAGUAAGAAGCUGUCUGUCAGCGAGGCUUUAGAGAAACGAUGCUCAUCUUUGGACUGAUGCUGCUGCUGCCAACCGCUGCAUGUCUGGAUCGGUUCUGUAGUUUUGAUCAGUCUGAUCCCUGUUACACAGCUCUGGGAGACAAACUCAAUCUACUGAUGGUGAACGCUAGUAAAUAUGAUCUGAAGAUACAAAAGAGAACAAAUAACCCACAAGAUGAUCCAGUUUGUAGAGUAAGGAAUGGAACGAUGAAGAGGAGUGAAUGUGAUCUUUAUAGAAACAGACCUGAAGUAACAGUCAUUAAUGGGACUCUGAUAAUAAACCCUGUGAUCAGAACAGAUUCAGGGAAUUAUAGAUUAACUGUCUAUAACUCAGAUGGCUCAGAAACAUCUAGAGAUCUUCAGGUGAUUGUUGAAGCUCCUUCCGUGGCUCUGAUUAUUCUGGGAUGUUUUGCUGUAAUUAUUAUAGUUCUGGUCGCCGCCGCGUGCUGCUUUUACAGGAAGAGGAUUUGGCCCAAACCAAAUGCCUCGACGUGUCCUCGGAAGAACGAGAAGAAGGAGACAGAGCUUCAUUACGGAGAAGUGACGUUCACUGACAGGAAGGUCCGACAGCGGCCGAGUGAAGCAAAGGAGGAGUGUUUGUACGCUCAGGUGCAGACGCUCUAGUCUAAAAACCCCAUCAUGACAGGACACUUCUUAGCCGCUCAGAUGAAGCUCACGGCGUAUUUCACAUUUUCUUUU